AUGAUUGGAAUCCGUGUGUUACUCUGCUUAUUUAUAUCGUUUGUUGCCAUGGUGCAAUCGAGUGCCACACUUGUGAGUACUUCAUGUGUUUCCCAAGCUUCAUUAUACCAAUUUGGAUGUUCUAGUACUAAAUCUCAAAGUUGCUACUGUAAAAAUGUCAAUUGGCUGGGCUCAGUGACUGCAUGUGCCUAUGAAAAUGCUAAAUCUAAUAAAACGCUAGACAGUACCUUAAUGAAACUGGCUGCUCAAUGUUCAAGCAUCAAAGUUUACACUCUAGAGGACAUGAAGAAUAUUUAUUUGAAUGCAUCGAAUUAUUUAAGAGCUCCUGUGAAAAGUGAUAAAAAAGUUCUGGUCAACCAACCUCUGAUGGCAAACGAGACCGCAUACCAUUAUUAUUACGAAGAGAAUUAUGGUGUUCAUCUUAACCUAAUGCGUUCUCAAUGGUGCGCUUGGGGUCUCGUUUUCUUUUGGGCGGUCGUGCUUACUGUGGCCACUAUUUUCAACAUCGUGAAAAGGGUGUUUGGCAAGAACAUUAUUGCAAACUCCGUAAAAAAAUCACUUAUUUAUCCUUCCGUUUACAAAGACUACCAUGAACGAACUUUUUAUUUAUGGAAGCAUCUACCAUUUAAUUUUCCAACUAGGGGCAAGGGUCUCGUUGUAUUAAUUUUUGUUAUUUUAACCAUACUAUCCCUCAGUUUUGGUCAUAAUAUCAAGCUUCCACACCCAUAUGAUAGACCCAGAUGGAGAAGAAGCAUGGCUUUUGUGAGUCGUAGAGCAGACUUAAUGGCUAUUGCACUUUUCCCUGUAGUCUAUCUGUUCGGAAUAAGAAAUAAUCCCUUCAUUCCUAUAACAGGUCUUUCCUUUUCUACAUUUAAUUUCUAUCAUAAAUGGUCUGCUUACGUUUGUUUUAUGUUGGCUGUUGUCCACUCAAUCGUAAUGACGGCCUCUGGAGUGAAAAGAGGAGUAUAUCAACGUUUGGUUAGUAAAUUCUACUUUAGGUGGGGUAUAGUGGCAACGAUAUUGAUGUCCGUGAUUAUUUUUCAAAGUGAAAAAGUAUUUAGAAAUAAAGGGUAUGAGAUUUUCCUUCUUAUUCAUAAGGCUAUGAAUAUUAUGUUCAUUAUUGCCAUGUAUUAUCAUUGUCAUACUCUGGGAUGGAUGGGUUGGAUUUGGUCAAUGGCUGGUAUUUUAUGCUUUGAUAGAUUCUGCAGAAUUGUCAGAAUCGUUAUGAAUGGUGGCUUGAAAACUGCUACCUUGAGUACCACAGAUGAUUCCAGCGUUAUUAAAAUUUCAGUAAAAAAACCAAGAUUCUUCAAAUACCAAGUAGGAGCUUUCGCAUACAUGUAUUUCUUAUCACCAAAAAGUGCAUGGUUCUAUAGUUUUCAAUCACACCCAUUCACAGUACUAUCGGAACGACAUCGUGAUCCAAACAACCCGAAUCAAUUGACCAUGUACGUAAAGGCAAAUAAAGGUAUCACUCGGGUUUUAUUGUCGAAAGUUCUAAGUGCUCCAAAUCACACGGUUGAUUGCAAAAUAUUUCUGGAAGGUCCAUAUGGUGUAACAGUGCCACAUAUGGCUAAAGUAAAAAGAAACUUGGUGGGUGUAGCCGCUGGUUUGGGUGUUGCAGCUAUUUAUCCGCACUUUGUUGAGUGUUUACGACUACCAUCUACUGAUCAACUUCAGCAUAAAUUUUACUGGAUCGUCAAUGACCUAUCGCAUUUAAAAUGGUUUGAAAAUGAAUUGCAGUGGUUAAGGGAGAGAAAUUGUGAAGUUUCAGUCAUAUUCACCGGUUCUAGUUCUAGUGUUGAGGACACAAAUUCAGAUGACAGUACAAAAGGUUUUGAUGAUAAAGAAGAUAGCGAAAUCACUGUUACAUGUCUCAAUAAAAGACCCGAUUUGAAAGAACUAGUGCGCUCGGAAAUAAAACUCUCAGAGCUAGACAAUAAUAAUAUUACCUUUUAUUCGUGCGGGCCAGCAACGUUUAACGAUGAUUUUAGAGACGCAGUCGUCCAAGGUAUAGAUUCCUCCUUGAAGAUUGACGUUGAACUAGAAGAAGAGAGUUUUACAUGGUAA